AUGGUUAGAGAGCAAACGGUGGAGUCCUUCUACUCCAGGCUCCGUGAAUCGGCUAUAGCCUCGACCGGUUCUCCUCUGCUCAUAUUCCCAUCGACUUCAGAUGUGGACUCGCUCUGUGCCCUCAAGAUCAUUCUACAUGUGCUUGAAUCGGAUUCGGUCCGCUACUCGUGUUAUCCGGUGUCUUCGUUUCAGGAGAUUCAUAAGUACGCUGGGCCUGACCUGUGUUCUUCGUCGGAGAAUCCGGUUUGUAUUCUUUUGAUCAAUUGGGGGUGCCACCGGGACCUGAGGAGGCUGCUUGAUUUGUCACCCUUGGCGCGUGUUUUCGUGGUGGACAGUCACCGGCCGAUUCAUUUGCAUAAUCUGAGUGAGCUGAAUGAGCGUGUGGUUGUGCUUUAUACCGCGGAAGACGAGAGGCAGGCGGAUUUGGCCUAUGAUAUUGAGGAUGUUUCGGCUUUGGCUAAUGCGAGUGAUUUGAAUAGUGAUGAUGAGCUGGAUGGAGAGUCGGAUAGUGAUGGAGAUAGUGACAGUGAGAGUGAGGAGGAUGGGGAUGGGGAUGGGAAUGGGAAUGGGGAGGGGUCGAGAAAGAAAAGGAGGGUGUCUGAUGAAGAGGACGCGGUUAAGAUUUUUGGGAAGUUGAAGAAGAAAUACUACAAUUUGGGUACUUUUCAUGGUAAGCCUUCGGGGUGUUUGAUGUAUGAUUUGUCGCAUUCUUUGAGGAAGAACACGAAUGAGUUGCUUUGGUUGUCUUGUGUUUCUUUAACGGAUCAGUUUGUACACGAGAGGUUAACAGAUGAGAGGUACCAGGCUGCGGUCAUGGAGCUUGAGCAGCAUAUCAACAGCUCAGGGAAUUUGGAGGCAGCAACUUCGGUGACUCUCAAGGAUGGGACAAAGAUUCGGCUGCCCAGUUCGUCUAGAAUUGCAUAUGAAGAUGAGCCUAGACUAAUGCUGUUGCAGGAAUGGAAUUUAUUCGAUUCCAUGAUUUGUUCGUCCUAUAUUGCAACUAAAAUGAAGACGUGGAGUGACAAUGGGAUGAAAAAGCUUCAGCUUCUUAUUGCAAGGAUGGGAAUUGCUCUAGUGGACUGCCAACAGAAGUUUCAGUUCAUGAAUGUUGAAGUGAAAAAGAGGAUGAGAGAUCAAUUUGAACAGUUUUUACCUGAGUAUGGACUCACUGAUUUCUACUACCGGAGCUUUUUGCGGCUCCAUGGUUAUGGCUCAAGGGUAUCAGCAGCAGAUGUGGUGUAUGGAGUCACAGCUUUGCUUGAAUCGUUUGUAGAAUCAGAUGGUUCUUGUGCUGCCAAGCAGUUUGGGGUAGCUUAUGAUGCACUGUCAUUGAAUAGCCUUGAUAAGCUGAAAGCUGGAAUGCAGAAAGCAAUUCGGGUACAAAGGGCAAUUGUUAGACAAGGAAGUAGAGCUGUGACAAAGAGUGGUUGCAUAAGAAGUGGUAGGAAAUUUAGGUGGGUGAAACUUGAAGAUUCUGUAGAUGCGAAACUGUUGGGGUACCCCCAGGCAUUGACUAAAUUGUGCUAUUUCAUGAUGGAUGCUCUAAAAGAGAAGGGAGCUAGAAUGAAGCCUUUGGUUUGUGCUUGCUUGGCACAAGAAGCCAAAAAGAUGAUCAUAGUUGGGGUUUGUGGGAGGCCACGACUUGGAGCAGUUAAGGGAAAUUCAUUUGGAAUUGCAUUUCGAAAUGCAGCUCAGGAGAUUUCUGCAGAGUUCUUCCAUGAGAUGUUUGAGUCUUCAUGGAUCGUCCUGGAUUCAGCUCAAGUGAAUACCUUUAUGAUGAGGUUGACUGAUAAAUUAUGA